AUGGAUGAACAGGUUAAGCAGUUUUACGAUGUUGUAAUGCUUACGGUAUAUCGACUUGAUGAACUGGACAUUAAUGAAGUACGUAAGAAAUAUCUAAAAAGAGCUGAAAAAGAGUGGUAUGACAGAAAAGGAUCCGCAUAUGAUAUUCAAGAAAUUAUCGCUGAUGUAAGAAAACAGUUGUAUAGAUAUUCUAUGGUUGAUAGCGGCGAAGAUGCGGAACUUAAAAAGUAUAUCAAUGAUUUUAAGGCGCUAUAUUUGAAUAGCAAAGUUGAGUUCAGUCCUCAGUUUGUAGCAUGUGAAGCGUCAUUAGUUCGAUUGAUGUAUGAGGUCAUGCUAGAGGCAGACAACUGGGAUUCAGUGAAAAAAGCAUUAGCGAUUGAAAAAAAGCUUGAGUUAGACCAGUAUGAGGGUAAAGAAAAGGGAGCGAAAGUUAGAGAACUACGUGAGAUGCUAAUUAAGGAAUUUGCAAGCUAUUCAACGAUUCCUGCAAAUAUUUUGAAGGGUAAAAACUUAAAAAGAAUACUGUGGGCAGUCGUAGAUAAGGACAAUUUGGAUGAGAUUCAGGAGAAAGUUGCACAACUGAUUAAAUAA